CCGACAGGAGAUCGAGAGAAAUUCGUGACGUUCGUGCUGCUGUGGCUGAACCGCAGUUCCCUUUCCCUGUAGAAUGUUCGCGUUCCAGUGAUUUUUUACAGCCGCAGUGUCCAUUUCGGCAAAAUUUCGGGCUAUCUGUUUACAGGAGACGAGUGCCUUGUUUAGUGAAAGGAAACUGGUGCUGGAAAAAUAAUGCUUUUACGAGCGCAUGGAUUUGAAUACAAGACUCGAUAGCUGGUUUCUGUAUAAACAAUAUAAAUCGAAAGGUACUAGAUCAACAUUAGCAUGAGUAAUCCGUAUCGCGGACGGCCAAUGAGAGCAAGAGUAGAUGCAGCGGCAGCAGGCUAUGGACUACAAAAUCAAAAUUCAUGGAACGCAGUGGCAUCCCAAGUGCCAUCGAAUGUUCCCCCAAAUAAUGUCUUCCAACCUCCAACUCCCGUCAUGAAUCAGCCAAAACAAAUUGGAGAUCCUUGGGACUGGGGAUCAGAAAAUGCAAACAACGGAAAUGAUUCCUGGAACUGGAGCGUCGAUCAGCAACCCGAAGCUCAGCGUCUUCACCCACAACUUCAGCAACACCAGCCACAUCAACAGCAUCCUCAACAACCACAGACUCUUCAUCAACCACCGCAUCCUCAUCAACCACAGAAUCCUCAUCAACCACAGCAUCCUCAACAACCACAGCACCCUCCACAACCGCAGCAUCCACAAAAUCAAUUUAUUCCUACUUAUCCACCUCAAAAACAAACUCCUCCUGCUCAAGACUACUACAAAAAUCUAAAUGGAAACAACCGACCCCCAUUAAACAACCCACAUUCCACUUCAGGAGCAACGACUCCGAGGACAAUUAGUAGAGAAUCGACCCCGAAUCAUCCUGAUUCAUACCCUCCGUAUCAGAAUUACACCUUCAAUCAACAACUGCCUCCGUCUCAAAGACCGAGUUCUACAAAGUCGAGUUCUUCAAUCUCUGAUCAUGCACCAUGGUUAAACGAUCAACCUCACAACGCAUCUUUUAUCCAACAAAGUGUUCCUCCUAAUCAAGCGCACCAAACUCCACCUCCUGUUAAUAAUUUUAAUUGGAAUGAGCAGCAAGCUCUUCCGGCACAAAAUUGGCAAAACCAAUCCAAGGUUUCACCUUAUUGGCAACAACCGAGUAUUGAAAAGCAGAAUCAGUAUGAUAGUGUUGGGAAUCAGUGGGGCCAGCAAUCUCAACCACCUCUUCAGCAGUCUCUUCAACCUCCAAUCCAGCCACCUCCGAUUCAACAACCUCCACUUCAACAGCCUCCAAUUCAACAAUCUCCACUUCAGCAGCCUCCAAUUGAACCGCCCCGUCAACCACACCCAAUAGCUCAGGCAUAUUCUGGCUCUGAUUCUGCCAAUGAUUCCCUGACCUGGCCGAUGGAACAGCAAGAUCAACGAGGACAGAGAAACUGGCCCUCAGUGCAAAGCAACCCAGCUUUGAAUCAGUGGCAGAAUCAAAAUUCCGAGACGGUUCUUUCGCAGCCACAGAAUUAUUCAUCCGCGGCGAACUUGUUGAGCUGGCACCGAGCAGAGAACCCUGAUUCUCAACAGUGGCCGGAAAACUCGGUACAAAAUGAGCAACCGAGUCAGUGGAGUCAGCAAGAAAAUAACCUGAAAGAAACUACUUUAGAUACUGAAUUAAAUAGAGUUUCGGCGACAGAGUGGCAGCAAAUUCGACCUCCAGCUCAUUUCGCUUCAUCCAAUGCCUCCACGACAUCUGGAUCCACGGCGAAUAUAUCAAAUAUUACUGAGCAGACGGAGGAGAGGAAGAAGUCUCCUAUGACCCCAGCUACUAGUUCAAAUUCUUUGAAUGAUUCCGCAGGAUUGUCAUCGGGAUUGAGCAAAGCGAAGGCUUCUUUCAGCGCUCAAGAUAGUCUCCAGGAUCAGGAGAAUAUUGAACUAGAUUGGAAUGCUGAUGGGGAAUGGACUUCCGAAUUAUCGAGUGGAAUUAGCCAGAUGAAUAUCAAUGCUAAUACUAGUAAGAAUUCCGAAAAGUCUCAAAUUGAGAAUUACUCGAUCCAGUCGAGUAAAGUUAUUGAAGAAGCUGUUCCUGAUAAUGUACCGGUUUUACCAGAAGUUGAAGAAGAAAACGCCCGAGCGUUGGAGACUCAGUUGAAUCCUCAUGAUGUUGCGAAUGUUCAAGGAGUUCCUGGGAGUUCAGAGAAUGCUUCACAGGCUGGUUAUGAUCAGUGGUAUAAUCAAAAUACUGCGGUGGCGCAGGAUAAUAAUUGGUAUGGAAAUGAUCGCGUUAUGAACGUUCGAGCCCAGAAGUGGACACCGGAACCGAACGUGGAGAAUUAUGAGAAUAUUCAGCAGCCUUCGGAGUUUGUUAAUUUGGAGGUUGUGGCUCCUGAAUUGCAAGCAAGGGAUAUUUAUGGUUCAAGAGAUUCUAUUAAUAAGGAGACAUUGGACAAUGAUCCGAAAUUUUCGGCGAAUUCUUCGAAAGACUCUAGCAACUCGAGGGACUUCAAACAGGAAGUCAGUAAUCUGGAAGUUCCUACGCAGCCUUUCCAUGUGGAACAGACGCCAGACAACUACGAAUUUGCAUCAAAUGAUCGUAACACAUUCCUAGAAACUGGAGAACUGACAGAUUCACAUGAGGAGCACGAAGCGACUCCACCGAGUCAGGAUGAUGAAAACGACGAGGUACCGAACGAUAUUCCCUUCGUCCGUGAAGUGCCAGGUCAAAGUUCAGUAGAUCCUCGUAGAAAUGAUCCAACUGGUCAGGAACAAUACGGACAAGUUGCUCGCAUUUCGGACCCCAGGAGAAAUGACCCUUCAGGUCAGGAAAACACCCAAAGCAGAAGUGUUCCCGAUAGAGGAGAACGACGCGAUGUCCCACCCGGACAAGAGAGAAUUCCUUUAUUGCAGAGAGUAGAUUCGGAUAUCAUGGAGAGAAGGAAUGAUCCGUCUGGUAGGGAAAGGUCCGUCCCGCCACAGCAAUCUCGUAAUGAUCCUUCUGGGGAAGAAAGAUCGCUGCCUCAGAUUCAAGCCCCUCUUGAAUUGAGCGAAACGCGAGAGAUUCCUGGACGUGGAAAUGAAGCCGAGGAGCCUAUUCAGCAGGGAGAUAGUGAUCUUAGGCAAAUUUUGGGAGGUGCUUCUCCUAAUGAGUCUGUUCAGCCGAUCGAUGAUAGAUCCAGUUCGAGGGUUGUGACGGGAUCUCAGGAAGUUAUGAGUACUGCCCCUUCGGCUGCUAUGCAUGAAUCGAUUAAUGAAAGUAGAAGCAAGAGAGAAGAGGCAGUUGGUGCCUCAAUGGGAGAAGGUAAACCCGUCGGGUCACAAAAUCGAAGAGAGUCUAUUGAGGAUGGCGACGACGAAGAUGUAAAUAGAGAAGAAAGCAGAGAAAGACACAGGGAAGGAAGCGUUGAGCGCAAGAGAUUUGAGUAUGAAAGGAAAGGCCCAUAUUACGAUCGAGAGCGGGAAUACGACGACGAUUACUAUUACGAACGUCGACGUGGAGCUGAUUAUGAUCGUGCUUAUAAUUCUCGAGAAGAUCUGGAUCGUCGAGAAGUUUCUUACCGAGAGGAAGAUCGUAGACAUGCCAGUCGCGAUGAUUUGGACAGACACGGGAGGGAGGAAAUCGACAGAAGAGCGAGAGCAAAAGGUGAGGUUGACGAGAGAGAAGUCGGGAGAAGAAGAGCGGAUGAUCUCAGACGAGAAAGGGAAGAUCCUAGACGCAGAGAUAGAGAAGGAAGAGAAUAUGAUCCUCGGUAUCCUAGAGAUCGGGAUUAUCCUGACCGAGACAGAAGACGAGACGAUAGAAGACCCCGAAGAUAUGAUGAUUAUGAUUCCAGGGAUGCUUACAGAAGAGAUUAUUACGAUGAUCCCUACAAUAGAACUUCACGACCUUCGAGUAGAUCUUCUUACAACGACAGGGACAGGGACAGGGAUUACUACAUGCGAUCAAGGGAUCCUUAUUACGCUUACAAUGCGACAGUCAAAGGCGAUGUUUCAGGUUACGGUGGUUAUGAUUAUGGUGCAAACUACAGUAGUAAUUACUAUGCCUACCUGGAAAAUUUGCGACGAACGAAUCCUGCUGCUUAUAGUGAAUGGUAUCACAAAUAUUACGCGAAUCAACACCAACAGCAACAUUCAGCAAGAACUAGUGCCAAUUAUCCCGAAGACAGAGCCAGCGUUCAUUCGGGACGCAGCUCAUGCGAUGAUAGGACUACAAGUGAAAAACGCAAUUUGAAUGAAAGCUCUGUUUUGGAAGAUCAGACCAUCGCUUCAUCUAGAUUAACGCCUAGUAAAUUUUCUACAGCCCACGUAAAAGGAUCAUUCUCUAUUGGAUCUUUACUGCAUAUUCUCCCAGCGUAUCCAGCUGAUGGUGAAAGAGCAAAAGUUGACAUUUUUCGAGUAGAUAAUCUCUUACAAAACGAUCCAAUCGCCCGUGAACUGCGAACUUAUCCAGGGCCUUUGAUUAAGCAAGUAGGCGUAACUCAUAAGAAGACCAUAAUAGAAUAUUGUGAAUCGAAAAUAAAGGCUGCGAGUAAUAAUGACAUGGUGGAUCGAGCUUCCUAUAUUCUUUUAUACGAACUCAUGAUCAUGUUAAUUCAACAAAAUGGGAAUGUAGUUGGAGUGGAUAUAGCAACCCUAUUGUUGCGGAAUAAAGAUGCAUAUCCUUACAAUAAAAAUCAGCGGGAAUCAGUGAGGCGUGAAUCAACUAUAUCACAAAGAUCGGCAGGUUCUGGUGAAGAUGGAAACGUGCUAAAUACAGUUACUCCUCUUGAAAAACAAGAUACUUCGAAACAAGGAAAAACGUUCAAUCAAAUGACUGACGAAUUCCGAAAUACUUUGUUGUACGGUCUUGUUCAAGAUUCGUUAGAAUAUGCAAUGGAUGAGGGGCUUUGGGGACAUGCUCUCUUUCUCGCAAGCAAAUUGGACAAACGAACUCAUGCUUCUGUCAUGACUCGUUUCGCAAACAGUUUGCCUGCUAACGACCCUCUACAAACUUUGUACCAACUUCACUCUGGCCGAGUACCAGCUAGCGUAACUUGUGUAGCAGAUCCAAACUGGGAUGAUUGGAGACCUCACUUGGCAAUGAUAAUUUCAAACACCUCAGCGAAUCCAGAAAUUAAUCACAGAUCGAUCACAAUUAUGGGUGACACACUCGCAGCCAGAGGAGAUAUUUCAGCUGCACACUUCUGUUACAUCCUAGCUCAAAGCGAAUUCGGACCUUAUGGUGCUAACGGAGUGAAACUCGUUCUCAUAGGUUCCAACCACCACAAGCCUUACCCCGAAUUCGUCAAUAACGACGCUAUAAUGCUCACUGAAAUUUAUGAAUACGCUCGUAAUUUGAGUGAACCUGGUUUCACUCUUGUGGAUUUACAGAACUUCAAGUUCAACUUGGCUGUGAAAAUGGUGGAUUAUGGUCUUAUUGAAAAGGCCUUGCUCUACAUUGAACAAGUAGCUGUGAAUAUCGUCAACGAACCUUCCAAGUAUAAUGGAUCUUUCAUCAAUCAAGUGUAUACCCUCGGCAACAGGAUCAAGUUCCAUGAUCCGGUUUGUAAAGACUCGGUUGAAGACGUCGCGAAUCUUACGUGGCUUUAUAAGCUUGAAGAAAUCGUUAGCCGAUACCAGAGUGGAGAGAUUGUUCAGGAUGCUGGCUACGCUUCCCAAACAACUCCAGACUUGCAUGCCACGAAUCAGGAUCAGUACGACGUUCAACAGCAACACUGGAACCAACAACAAACUCAAGCAGAAUACAGUGAGCAGCCAAUCUCGUUAAUGGAGGUGCCUGCAGUGGAAUCACACACGGAAUGGCAGCCUUCGCUUGCCAAUGUCCAGGAACCUUACAACAUUGCAGAUCGUAGUGAUCAGCGUGCCGGAGCGAAUGUUGAUACCAGUCAAUAUCAGCCAGUGCAACAGCAGGAUUAUUGGAAUCAGCAGGCUUACAAUCAGCAAGAUUACCCGUCUCAGGAUUACAACAAUGCUGAGUGGCAGCAACAGCCUCCAUCUCAAUAUGCGACGGAUCAGCCUGAAAUGGAUAACAAUCAACAGCAGGGGAAAUGGGGUUAUGAGCCACAGCCAACGAUUUCCUUGGGCCCUUCAGCGACUAAGCAGUACGAUCCUUUGGAGGAAUUAGAUGCCCUGGACGCACCGAAACAGACGUCCAAGCCUGGAUCAGAUUCCAAGAGAACUUCUGAGAAGCAAGCAGAUAAGAAAAACUCGAGUGCUGGAGGUUCAUGGUUUGGAGGCCUGUUCAGUAAACUUGCUCUAAAGCCGAAAAAUCAAAUGAUUUUGCCUGAUGACAGUAAUCCAGCGAUUGUUUGGGAUCCAGUUGCUAAAAAAUGGAUGAAUAAAGAGGAGGAUAGCGAUGUCCCUGGAGGAGCCGUGGCACCUCCUCCAAAAGCAAGUGACCUGGGAUUCAAGCAUUUACCCCCGGAACCAAAUAUUCCACCCCAGCAAAUCGUACAGUCCAGCGUUCAGUCCGACGAAUCAAUGGCUGUGAAUAGUUCAAAAUUGAUCGCUGGUAGCAGCAACGUCUACAAAUUGCAGAAGGGUCGGGGUAUGCGAGCUAAUUACAUAGAUGUCAUGAAUCCAAAUGGAGGAAAAAGCCUUGGAGUGCCCUCAAAUUUACCAACACCAGCUGGUUCUCCAAUAACACCCAUGGCUGCCUCAUCGCCUCAGUUGUUUAUCCCAGCUCCAAUUAACGAUCCUAACGCCCCUGUUGAUUUCUUAACCCCAACGCCAAAUCCGAUGCAGCAAACUGCCGAAAACCCUCCACAAGAGCUCUCUCGCUGGAGCUCAACCAGCUCAUUAUCACGAGAAGUGCAGAGCUACACAAUGAGAGAUCCGCGCCUCCUGCAACGGGACAAGGGACCAAUGAUGUUUAAUCCUAUGGAUUUGAAGGAUCGUUCUCAGAAGAAUACAACUCGGAGCCGAUAUCCUCCUCGGUAAAUUAAGUAUCCGUGAGAAUCGUUUAAUUGUUGGGAAAGUUUUUAAGCUAACAUCAGGAGCACCAUUGUGCAAGAGGAGUGAACAUUUUCUGAGCAGAUUUAUUUCUACUAACAUUAAAAGGCUCAUUGUAAAAAGUUAUAUUAUCCUCUGAGUCUAUUGUGCGAAUAUGCGAGUUAUAGGGAGUUCAUUAUUAGAAAAAAACUCAAUUACAACAAAGACUUUCGUAUCACAAUGUAGUGGUUGUAAAAUAUUUGGAAAUUGUAAACAUGAAUAUGGUUGAAGAGUAUACUUUUGAAAAAUGAUACUUCUUCAAGAAGAUCUUUUUCUCUGCAAUAAUUCUGAAGUCGCACUUUAUAUACAGUUUUGUUAUAGGAUUGUUGAUAACAUGCAUACAUAUUUAUAAUAAAUUCGAAUUGCAUUUGCAUUGCGUCUGAAAGCAAGACCAUAAAAGGAACAAUACGAUUCGGAUUGAAUAUUUCCCUUCAUUUAGACUUAGAUCGAUACGCAAAUGUGAAUAUUUCGUAUUAAACAAUCAAUUGUUAAUCUGACUGAUUCAGCUGCUGGCCAAUUUACCAGUCGGGUAUACGAAAUCCUAGAUUAGGUGACUAUAUUUGAAAAGAAAUGAUAUUGAAUUUGAUACUUCUGUUAUCGUCCUUAGCUCAUUCUGGAAACCGGCGUUGCUUUUACGAAGAUUCGAAUGAGUAGGUAGAAUAUUUGCAAUUAUAUUAUAUAAUAAUAGGUAUAUUAUAUAAUGUAGUUAGGGUUUGUACCUUUUAUGUUGACACAAUAUUUUCGUCGAGUGGGCUUGAAUUGGCGCUUUCACGAUUCGAAAUUCAUCGAAUUAUGGCAUUCUUUGCAGAACUGCAUUCCAGUAAUCUUAAAAUGAUACGAUACUGAUGAUUCUGUGGCUUAGACUAUUAUGAGAAUAAAACAGCCUCGGUGAAUGCUAAACUCAAAGUCUGAUUUUAUAUGCUGACAGAAAAAAAAUGACAAAGGUAUAAGGACGAUUCAAGUUUUGUUUGUCCUUUCAGAAAAUGUUGGUAGAAAAUGUGAUGUUUAACCGAUUGAUCAGUGGUGGAGAAGGAACAUUUAAGUAUCUUACAUUUAGUUCAGUAUCCAAAUGAUUUUCGUCAGAAAAUUCUGCAUUGUGUAUUGCCUGCUUUGAAAUAUUUUUUAUACAUGAUUGCCUCGCUACUCGAUGAUCUGUCGUGUUAGGAAAGUUGAUUGUAUAUUAGAAUCUUGUUUGCAUUAUUUCGGAAAAUUCGUUCGUAUUUUUCCGCUUGAUUUUUGUCAAUUUGUUAUAAGUAUACACUUGUUUUGUAUAAGAAUUGUAAUUAUAUCUUCAAUGUUGACGUGCUGAAUAAUAGAUGGAGCUUACUUGUUUUUUUAGAUUGAUAUAACUAUAGAAAAAGCUAGAGAAAUUUUUCAUAGGUGUAAUUUAUUUUAUUAAAUUUUUAUUAGUAUUUUUAUCUGGAAAUGUCAGUUGUGAAAUUUGUGGUAUAUUGUCCUAUUUAAUUUUUUAUCAUUCAAAUGAGAAAAUGGAAAAUUAUGGAAUCCAUAUAUUAUUCAGCAAGUAUCAAAAGUCUUGUACGUACAUUCUCGAUUUGUUGUGUUAUAAAGGUAUGUUGUAUAUAAUUAGCAGUCAGAAGCGCGCAGGUUUGAUAUGAGAAAAUGCUUCAAAAGACAAGUGGCUAGAUAUAAAUUUGUAGAGUAUGCCUAAUGGGAAAAAAUUCAAGAGUGAUAUAAAAGAUAAGAUUGGCAAUCAGGGGUACGAUCUAAGAUGUUAAUGUUGAUGCGAGGCGGAAGUAUUAAGUGAGCUCUAUAAUCUAGAUGUUAUGUAUGCGGAGAAAAUAGUUUAUGUAAAUGAUGUGAAUCGGCUUGAGAUGUAACAUAUUUCUAAUAUUUGAUCUAUUUAAAGCAUAAAGUUGAUGUAUGUCUAAGGGUACCUGUAAGGGAUAAUAAUAACAAUCUGUAUUGUAUAUUAUUAAUCUUGCAAUUAUUGUCAUUUCUGAUAUACAUAUAUAAUAAUAAAAUAUAUUGAGAAUCAAA